AUGGCCGGAGUCGCAGACAAGGCGAGGUUCUUCCUCGAACGAUCGGUGCCUCAGCUGCGAGAGUGGGAGGAAAAGUCGAUAUUUUCCAAGGACGAAAUCCGAUCAAUUGUCCAGAAGCGAAACGAUUUCGAACACAGAGUGCUUUCCCCUGGGAGCACUCCCUUGGAAUGGUCGUCCUAUGCCCAGUGGGAACAAUCUGUCGAGUCUCUCCGCUCCAAGCGCUGCCAGCGUCUGAAACUCCGCAAUCUCAACUCUGCACACGCCGGUCAAGCUCGUGUCUUGUCAAUCUACGACAGGGGCGUUGGGAGGCAUCCUGCUAGCAGCGCGUUAUGGCGUGAAUAUCUUACGUAUAUGGCCAAGGUCAAGGCCGCAAAACGCUGGCGCAAGACCAUGACCAGGGCUCUUCGAAUGUUGCCCAAGGAUCCCGAGAUGUGGGUGAUGGCGGCGAAUCGAUUCGCAAGCAACGGCGACAUGGCGGCCGCAAGAAAUUGCUUCAUGAGAGGCUGCCGAUUCUGCUCUUCGGACUGUACACUGUGGCUCGAGUAUGCAAGGUGCGAGAUGAAGUGGCUAGACAAGAUUGAGAGAAAGAAGGCAAAGGGCGAGAAGGUACCGGCGCCGCGCCCCGCAAAUGACGACGACGAGCUUCUCCUGCUCGGUAGCGAUGAAGAGGGUGAGGAUGAUGACUUGGCUCUUCCGGAGCCAUCAAAGGCACAGGCAAAGGUCAUCGACGAAAAGGCCACACAGGAGCUACAGUCAAACCCCGCCAUGAACGGCGCUAUCCCCAUGGCCAUUUUCGAUAUAUCACGGAAGCAGCCGUUUUUCAAGCCCGAGGUUGGAGAGCAGUUCUAUAUGAUGUUUGUUUCGUUUGGAAAGCUCUCGGUUCAGCCACGGGUAUCUCAGCACGUCCUAGAUGCUCUCGACGAGCACUACCCCAACGAUCCUUCUACCUGCAACCUCCAUAUCAGACAACCCCUUUUAGGUGUCUCACCAUUCACAGCAGAGUUCGCCCGAAGCUUAGGGACGGUUUUGCAGCGGUUAGGAUCAUACCUUGAAACCGCUACGGACAGGGCGGCGUUGGAGAAGAAGACGAUUGCUUGGAUAGAUGAGUAUCUGAAGCUGGAGGGCUUGGACCAAGCCCUUAGGACGGUGCUGGAGCAUACUAAAGAGAAGCUGGGUGCGGGCGCAGCGGCUUAG